UGUGCUGUUUAAGAACUCGCUGUUUAAGAACCCACUGAAGAUUCGCGAUCGCUGCCUCUUUGAGUUUGGCCUCUUGGAUCGAAACCAGCACAGUGUGGGGUGCCCCUUGCUGGCCCACCUGCUUCCACCUCCUGAUCAUCCUAGGACUUGCGCUCGUCCGUACCCAUCUGCAGACUUCACCCUGAAGUGUGGAGGAUGUGGGGCCGUCCGGUGUUGCGCCUGUUCUCCAGCUCCCACCGCCUGGUGAAGAAGGGUCUCAGCUGCCAGAUGCCAUGGCGGCUCAGCUGCAGGACGAUCCUUCCGGCUUCGACCCGUUGGCAUCACACAGCCCCAGAGUCGCUAAACUGUGCCUGGCAAUUGAGCGAAGAUCACUUGGAGCUGAAGUACGGGGAGACCGUCAUGCGCUUUGACUACGUCUGGCUGCGAGACCACUGCCGCUCAGCAUCCUGCUAUAACUCGAAAACCAACCAGCGCAGCCUGGACACAGCCAGUGUGGAUCUAUGCAUCCAGCCAAAAACUGUCCGCAUGGAUGAGACCACGCUCUUUCUCACCUGGCCAGACGGCCACGUGACCAGGUACGGGCUGGAAUGGCUGCUGAAGAACAGCUACGAGGGGCAAAAGCAGCAGGUGAUGCAUCCGCGGAUCCUCUGGAACGCCCAGAUCUACCAGGAAGCCCAGGUGCCUUCCGUGGACUGCCAGAGCUUCCUGGAGACCAACGAGGGCCUGAAGGAAUUCCUGCAGAACUUCUUGCUCUACGGGAUUGCUUUUGUGGAAAACGUUCCCCCCACAAAAGAAGACACUGAGAUCUUAGCGGAGAGAAUCAGCUUGAUAAGGGAAACGAUCUAUGGCAGGAUGUGGUACUUCACCUCUGACUUCUCCCGGGGAGACACGGCUUACACCAAGCUGGCUUUAGACCGCCAUACGGACACCACCUACUUCCAAGAGCCCUGUGGCAUCCAGGUGUUCCACUGCCUCCGGCACGAAGGGACAGGCGGGCGGACACUGCUGGUGGACGGCUUCUACGCAGCUGAGCAGGUGCUCCAGCAAGCCCCGGAUGACUUUGAGCUCCUCACCAAAGUGCCGCUGAAACACGAGUACAUUGAGAACGUGGGCGGCUGCCGCAACCACAUGAUCGGAGUUGGUCCAGUCCUGAAUAUCUAUCCUUGGAACAACGAACUCUACCUGAUCAGGUACAACAACUACGACAGAGCCGUCAUUAACACGGUGCCCUAUGAAACUGUGCACCGCUGGUACACCGCACACCGCACGCUCACCACCGAGCUGAGGAGGCCGGAGAAUGAGCUCUGGGUCAAGCUGAAACCGGGCAAGGCCCUGUUUGUGGACAACUGGCGAGUGCUGCACGGCCGGGAAUCUUUUACGGGUUACCGUCAGCUCUGUGGCUGCUACCUGACGAGAGACGAUGUCCUAAACACAGCCCGCUUCCUCGGGCUGCAAGCCUAAGGCGGCUUGUCCUUCUGCUGGCCAGCGGGCUGCUGGUCCAGGAAGAGAAGAGCGUUUUGUAUACCUCAGAGACCUGGCCUCCACCCGCAAGAGGAGGAGAGGUCCCCACAGCGUUACUUGAUUGUUCGCUGCCCGUUGCCUUCCCCUCGCUCUCCCCAUUCCGUGAUCCCUGACUGUUUGGCUCCUCUCGGCUUGAAAAGCACAACCAAUUGGCUCAGCUCGAGCAGGAUGGGUCUCGGAGCCGCGUACGUGCCUGCCGCAAAUCCUCCAGCCGCCAGAUCCCGUGCCUUUUGAUGUGUUCAAGUGGUAACAAAACCAGCCUCGGUUUUGCAGGCAUUUUUGAAGUUAAUUUUUGAAGUAUGCAGACUUUUUUGAAGUUAACUGACCGCAGCCACAUGGAUUUUUUGGGGAAAUGGGGGAAGGGUCUCUGGUCUCAAAGAAUGUCAAACUACAGCAAAGCCAAUCUACGGGGCUCUUUUCCUUAUAACCAAACACCUCCCAAAAUACACAAGUGCCCAGUGUUUCAAGGGUUAUUUUUCUCCCCCUCUCUCCUUCCCCAUGGCCUGAUACUGGCCUGAACUCACCAUACGAUGGAGAAAGCUGCUCCAGGAAGCUUUAGAAGAAGAGGACGAGAGCAGCAGAUCUAGAGAGGGAAGUUGGUCCCAGAUCUAGAGAGGGAAGUUGGUCCCAGAUCUAGAGAGGGAAGUUGGAGAGGGAACAUCCUUCCUUUCCAGUUCUGCAAAAGCUGACUUUGCAGGAAGAAACGCCAGGGAUUUGUGAAUCAGCAAAAUUCGCCAGAGUUUGCCGAAUUCCAUCUCAAAGCUCAUUCUGACCCGAGUCUGGAUCCUAUUGUGAGCAUUGUUUUUUUCUCUUUUCACGGAAACAUCUGUGUGCAUUUCCGUGCACGUUUUUUCCCCACGGUGUGCAUCUUUGAAAUGCAAACGUUCUUCUCCCAUUCAUUAAAGUGUGUUUCUGUGCGUCUUCCUACCUACCCCCCCCCAAAAAUGUACAGAUUUGUUUCAUGGGCAUUUUUCCAAACGUGUGCAUGCCGUCAAAGGUGUUUUCUGGUCCAUGAACCACACUGCGAGCUCAGAAAUGUACAGACUUAGACCACAGAUUGCAUCCGAGUUCAAGCUGGGUCCGGAAGGUGAAAACGGGCUAAAUCCUGAUCAAAACCGAACUUGAAAUGAAUUUCUCCUGCAUCCCUGUCCUUCACCAUCUCUCCUUUCCAGUUUCUUCCAUUCUACAGCUUCUGCCACGAUGGUGUACUCUAGCCCACCCAAGUGACCCCUUGCUGCCCGUUCUGCUUUUGGGGAAGGCACAGCAGCUGAGCCGCGUUCCAUGCCGUUUCCUUGCCUUGUACUGGCCGCCUGUCUCCAUCCAAGGAAUUAACUCCUAUUUGCUUUACUGCAAGACAAGGGGCUGCAGUUGUUAGGAUUUGGAGGGCAAUUGAACUGGAAAGCUGGAAGGACAGACGGACUGGAUUCUGCGCUCCUUGAGUUGGAGAUCUCUUCGCUGAUUCAGCAAAAAACCUCGUCGUGUUUUGGCUGACGGCAUUUAAUGCUUUUCUCCGCGACUGCCUCCGUGCCGAGCUCUCGGCAGAAAAGGAAGCAGGAUAUUUCUGCUGGCAUCGAAGCGAAUGUCUUGGGUGCACAAGUGAAGAAACUUCCCUGGGCAAACUCCCUAGCCUUGCCCUUUGGGAAGAGCAUUUUGGCUGGCAGUGGGGGAUUCCUAGAGGAAGCCGGAUGAGCGAAUGUAAGCCCUUCGCCUGGAGUAUCUCUGCAUGUGUCCAGUCAGCCCAAGGAAGCGCCUGCUGCCGUCGCACCCCUUGGGCAAGGCUGAGUAGGGAGGUUGAGGGCUACUUGUGGGGGUCACAGGAAGCCAUCUUCUGUCGCUACUUGUGAGAAAAUCGCCCCUCCAGUAACAGCUGGGAGCCUCAUUUCUUUGCCCCUGAAUUGGACCUAAAUGCCUUUCUCCCCUCCCACACUGGCUGUGCGGCACCCUUUGCAUCGCUCACGAUUGUUAACAGUGAAGCCUUCUUAGUAGAACUUGAGAUGCGGGCAGCUUUCCAAGAGUUUUGGCUCAUGCAAAGUCCCAAAAAUAGCUCUAUGCACAUGAUGUGCAUGUAUGUGCACUCUGCACCAGGAUGUAUUUUGGAGUCGAGCGUUGAAAACAUUUUGAAACAGGCGAAGGAAGAGAUGCAGGUGCGAGCAUCGUUUAUAGCCCGUAAAGCCUUUGCAAGCUGCGGAUCUGGGCUGGUGGUUUUGCCACUGACCAGACACUGGCCUAAACACGCACAUUUUGAAAAAAGGAGAUUAACAUCACCAGAAGUCGCCUCCUUGGCUCACCCCUCCUCCUCUGAAAAUCUAUUCUUCUACAGCUCGACUUUACUGUAACACAUUCUGAUAGUUUUCUAAUGGACUUCUUUUUUCUGCAACUCUUUUUCUUUGCUGGUAAUAAAAAGAUCAGUGGCAUUUCUUUUCUGAGCGUCUGGGUUGCA